GAGGGGAGAGGACGUGUGCGGCACAAACACCCCCUCCCCCGCCCGUCCCAGCGCUGACACGGGGCUCCCGCACCUGAUGGCCAGGCUCUAGCUGCAGCCGCUUCUACACGGGGACAGGUGACAGGACGAGCCAUGGACGCCGCAUCCACCGAUCGGACCCAGUUGCCUAGAAAUAUGAUAGAAAACAGUAUGUUUGAGGAAGAACCAGAUGUGGUUGAUCUUGCUAAAGAACCUAACUUAAAUCCUCUGGAAUCUGAAGAAGUGGAAUAUGAACCAAGAAGCUCUCGCCUACUUGUGCGUGGAUUGGGUGAACACGAGCUGGAUGAUGAUGAAGAAAAUUAUGAAUCUUCUGCAAAACUCUUGGGCAUGUCUUUCAUGAACAGAAGUUCAGGUCUUCGAAGCAAUUCAGAGAACUAUCGACAGAUUCAAGAGGGACUAUGUCCGGUUCCAUCAGUGAGAACUGUGAUUGUGGGCAUUGUACUUGUUGUGAUCUUAGUUUCCGUAAUUACAGUCAUUUACUUGCUUCCAAAGUGUACAUUUACCAAAGAAGGAUGUCAUAAGAAAACUCAUCCUAUGGAACAGAUAUACCCUAUUGCCACCAAUGGAGAACUCUUCCCAUGGACUAAAAGUAGACUUCCAAACUACAUUAAACCCUUGGAAUAUGACAUUACUCUUUAUCCCAAUCUCACCACCAUGACAUUUUCUGGCAAAGUUAACAUAAAGCUAAAUAUUGUUGAGAACACAAAGGCCAUUGUACUUCAUAGCUCAGGUCUCCAAGACAUACAGGCAAAUGUCAAUUUACCAGACGGUGCCAUUCAUAGUCUCUCCGUUUUGGAAUAUCCAACUUUUGAGAUGAUUGCAAUGGUUUUGUCUGAACCUUUGCUGAAAGGAACUGAAUGCUUGCUAACCAUUGAAUACCACUCCAACCUUUCAAGUUCUUACUAUGGAUUUUACAAAAUCUCAUAUAUGAAUGAAAAUAAAUCCAGCAGGUGGCUUGCAGCUACACAGUUUGAGCCUCUCGCAGCAAGAAAAGCCUUUCCUUGCUUUGAUGAACCGGCGUUUAAAUCCACAUUUCGACUGAAGAUGAAAAGAAGUAAAGAAUAUAUUUCUCUAUCAAACAUGCCGAAGACCAACACAUCAGUUCUCCCGGACGGUCUUCUCCUUGAUGAAUUUGCCACCAGUGUAAAAAUGAGCACCUAUUUGGUUGCUUUUAUAGUGUCUGAGAUGAAAAAUGUAACUGCAAAUGUGAAUGGGACUUUGGUAUCUGUCUAUGCUGUACAGCAGAAGAUGGACCAAGCCCAGUAUGCACUGAAUGCUUCAAUUGUCCUGCUUGAGUUCUUCUCAGAGUACUUCCAAAUUGAAUACCCCCUUAAAAAAUUAGAUCUAGUGGCUAUUCCAGACAUUCAAGCAGGAGCCAUGGAGAACUGGGGUCUGCUUACCUUCCGGGAGACCACACUUCUGUACAAAGAGAAUUCCUCAUCACUUAUGGAUAAGCAGUUAAUUACUGAAGUCAUAGCUCAUGAAUUGGCCCAUCAGUGGUUUGGAAACCUUGUGACUAUGGAGUGGUGGAAUGAUCUGUGGCUGAAUGAAGGCUUUGCAACGUACAUGGAGUACUUUGCUUUGCAGUCAAAAUUUCAAGACCUGAAUGCUGAUGAUAACUUCCUGAUGGCUCGCUGCAGGGCCUUGGAAAAGGAUUCAUUACAGACCACUCAUGCGAUAUCUACAGAUGUGCAGUCUCCGGAACAAAUAGAGGAGAUAUUUGAUGACCUUUCUUACAUAAAGGGUGCUUCCAUUCUGCAGAUGCUGAAUGCUUAUCUCUCUGAGAAAGUCUUUCAUGAGUGCAUAGUUAAGUAUUUGCAAGAUCAUCAAUAUGGAACAACGAAGAGCGAUGGGUUAUGGGACAGCAUGAACCUGGUCACCAAAUCGAAUCCAGAUGUGAAGAACAUCAUGAAGACCUGGACUCGACAAGCUGGUUAUCCUCUGGUGACUGUUGAAAGGAAGGGAAAGGAGGUGUUUGUGAGUCAGGAGCGAUUCCUUCGAACCGUAAAUUCCAGCAAUGCCACUGGAAAUUCUAGCACCCUGUGGAAUGUGCCUCUGUCUUAUACAUUUGGACCCUGUGAAGGAGCUGCGUGUUUUUCAGCAUUUUUACUAAGUCAAAAGCAAGGUAAAUUCGUUUUGCCAAGCGAACCCUCCUGGCUGAAGUUUAAUGUGAAGAUGGCUGGAUACUACAUAGUGGAUUAUGGUCAAGAUGGUUGGGAUGCUCUCAUUAACCAGCUCCGAAAAAACCACACCGUCUUCGCUGCCAGUGAUCGAGCCAACCUGAUCCAUGACAUGUUUGCCCUUUCAAGUGUUGGAAAGAUCCCGCUGUCAAAGGUAUUUGAUUUCCUUUCCUAUCUGGUGAAUGAAACGGACAUUGUCCCAAUCAGACAAGCACUUCAGCAGCUCCGCAUCAUCCAGAGUCUCCUGGCUAAACAGGGCUUCCUUGAUGUGGCAUCAAACUUAGAGACCCGGGCCUUUGACCUUUUAAGCCAUCAAAUUAACAAACAGGAGUGGACGGAUGAUGGAUCAUUGUCUGAACAGGAACUAAGAUCGUUACUCUUGGAUUUAGCGUGUAUGCGUGAUGAUAUCUACUGCGUUCACAAUGCUACUGAGCUGUUCAAUGCCUGGCGAAGCAAUGGAACACAUCUUCCAACAGCUGUCAGGAAAGUUGUAUUUAAAGUUGGAGCCCGCACAGAUGACGGGUGGGAGCAUCUGUACAACAUGUACUGCACAUCGUUGUCUGAAGCAGAGAAGAUGAAAAUGUUGGGGGGACUUGCCAGCACAUAUAAUGGCAAGAAAUUACAGUGGUUGAUGUCCGCCAGCCUUCAUGGAGAAGGUAUAAGAUCACAGGACUUUCCCACUGUUAUCCGGCUCAUUAGUGAGAAUAUUCCUGGGCAUGUGCUGGCUUGGAAUUUUGUCAAACAGAACUGGGAUGAAAUUACUCAGAAAUUCCUUCCUGGCUCGUUCCCUAUACAGUCCAUCGUGACCAAGACUACUGCUCAUUUCGGUACAGAGGUUUACUUAAAUGAGGUGAUUAAUUUCUUCAAUUCUACUAAGGGCAAAAGCAGAGAAAUGUGGUGCGUGAAAGAGGCCAUUGAAACCAUCAAACUGAACAUCGAUUGGAUUGACAAAAACCAUGACGACCUUUUCUGGCUGUAGCUCGCCCAUCAGAAUUUGUGUCGGGUGACACUUACAGGCCAUUAAAGCACAGACCGUGUCACGCAGCCUGCAAUCUUGUGUGGACUACUGGAGGGUUCUUGAUAGCUCAGGGCAAAAAGAAGAAUCUUCUUUUGUACGAGUGACUGUUAUUAUGGAGAGAGACUGUAUUUCUUACAGAGUUGUGACUAUUACCGCACUGUGCCAAGAGUGGCCUCCAUGGAAAAGCAAUUUCUAUGACCACUGUGCUUAACCUGCCCGGUAAACCCUUGACGUGCAGGUUCUAUGCAGUGUGUGUCAACAGCACAAAUUUUGCUGGAAUAUGGGUUUCUUUUAGACGAUGUAUAUAUUGAAUACAGCCAUAUUCACAAUGGAGAAUGGGAUUUGUUACUAGGACAGGAACUUUCCUUAUCGUUUGUUACAUUUUAACACUGGAAAGAAGUUUGAAAAAUGAUAAGAAUUCGUUAAGUGUUUAGCUGCCUUCUUCCCCCUCAGGUUUUGCAUUUGGCUUGUGAAAAAUUGUAAAGCUGCAAGGAUGUCCAUGACGAAUCACUGCUGACUAGAGUGAUCUUUUUUUAUAGAGUGGUCAUAUAUGUUUGCAGAUACAAAUGUAACACAGUAGAGAAUUGUGAGUUCUCAGACUAGUGGUAGGCAAUAGAAAUGACUUUUUCAUGACUGUCUGCUGAGAUGCACUAUGUUUUAUACCAAGCUUGUCUUCUAUGAUAUUGCACUGUCCUUACAUGACUGUACAUGCUAAUUAAAUAAGCCCCUGCUACUUGUAUGAUAUCACUCACUUUGGAAGCACUGCAAUAUGUAACGAGGUCAAUAAAGGGAAAAUCAAUUUUAGGGAAAUCUUAAAUAUCAGUUUAUUAUUAAAUGACCUUUCUAAUGUCAA